AAAACCAGAUAUUCAUUUUUGCUCUAAGUUCAAGAAACCAUAGGGAAAAAAAUGGAGGAUGAAAAACCCAUAUCCUAUUUAACACAGCAACAGGCUGCUGAGAUUGAUGAAUUACUUGUGGGCCCUCUUUCUUUCACCAUCGAUCAACUCAUGGAAUUGGGUGGUUUAAGUGUUGCAUCUGCAAUAGCUGAGGUUUACAGACCAAACGAACACAACCUUGUACUAGUAAUAUGCGGUCCCGGAAAUAACGGCGGCCAUGGUCUCGUAGCUGCUCGCCAUUUGCACCAUUUUGGAUAUAAGCUCUUCGUUUGUUAUCCAAACCGUAAUCUUAAACCUCUUUUCACGGGCCUCGUCACUCAGCUCGAUUCGUUAUCAAUCCCCUUCCUUUCGAUCGAGAGCCUGCCUCGAGAGUACUUAAAUUUCGACAUUAUAGUGGACGCAAUAUUUAGCUUCUCUUUCCAUGGAAAUCCUAAACCACCGUUCGACAAUCUGAUCCGUAGUUUAGCGUCUUUAAGAGAACAUUAUCAAGAACGUAAAAAAUCUCGUUUCGUUGUGUCUGUGGAUAUUCCUUCUGGCUGGCAUGUCGAAGAAGGAGAUAUAACUGGCGACGGCAUUAAACCGGAUAUGCUGGUAAAAAAAAAAAUUACAGGUUUUUUUUUUUUUUUUCCUAAAUUCGCGUUGUUAGUGCACCGAAACUUUUUUCACUUAAAAUCGCUCGUGUAUAAGGUUUCCUUAACAGCUCCAAAGCUUUGUGCUAAAGCGUUUCUUGGUUCGUACCACUUUUUGGGUGGAAGAUUCAUACCUCCGUUUAUUGUGCAAAAGUAUAAGCUACGACUUCCACCGUAUAACGGCACUUCUAUGUGUGUACAAAUCGGAAAACCGCCUCGAACUAACUUAAAAGCUCGUCCGGAAAAUGUGGAAGCUGAUCCAUUUGUGCAGUUUAAGAAAUGGUUAGACGAUGCAGCGGCAGCUGGUUUGAAGGAACCAAAAGCUGUGUCGCUGUCAACUGCCACCAAAGACGGCAAACCUUCGUCUCGAGUUGUCUUGUUAAAGAAGUUUGACCGACGAGGAUUUGUCUGGUGUAGUAAUUAUGGAAGUCGAAAAGGGCGCGAAAUAUCCGAAAAUCCUCAUGCAUCACUUCUUUUCUACUGGAAUAUCUUGAAUCGCCAGGUAAGCAUCACUAAUUCCAACCCGUCGAUUUUCCUUUUAUAUAAAAAAAUACAGGGAAAUUUAAUUAAUAUUAUGCAGGUAAGAGUGGAAGGUUUUGUGCAGAAAGUUUCUAAUGAAGAAUCGGAAGAGUACUUCUGCACUCGUCCACGCGAAAUAAAGAUCGUGCCAGCUGUCAGCAAAACGAGCACCGAAAUAUCAGGAAGGGAGAUUCUCCAUCAACAAUGUAAAGAAUUGGAGGAAAAGUACCCUGAGGGAACAACGAUUCCUAGGCCGGUAAAUUGGGGAGGCUAUAGACUUGUACCCGAGAGUUUCGAGUUUUGGCAAGGAGAUGAAUCGUGUGUGCAUUUAAGGUUGUUCCUUUCUUUUCGGUUUUGUCGAAUAUAUAUAAAUUGUAAAAAUAUCCACCUUUCAUCCGCACACACACACCCACAUGGAUGUGUGUGUUUCUUUGUGUGUGGAGAUGAAUGGUGGAUGCUACAACAUGUGUACUUCACUCGGUGUUGCUCAUUGUAUAUUUCAUAUAGUUUCGAGUUAAUAUUUCUCCUAUUUUUGACAAGUUCGGUAUAUCUAUUUUCCUCAACAUUUUGUCGAGGGUGAAUAAAUAUUCAUUUUCAUUUUGAUUAUCAGGUUACGGUAUUUCAGCGAUGGAGAAAACGAGUGGAGAAUCGUUCAAUAACCGAUACAUUGUACAACCUUGAUUUUUGUAUGGGGUUUUUUGUUACUAUACUUUGUGCUCAUAUAUUUGUAAGUACAGGUGUUAGUUUUGCUAAUUUUGGUUUUAAAACAUGCAACUUAUUACAUGUAUAUUUAUCUGUUCUUUUAUAUA